UGACAUCACAACUGACGUAAUCACGGUGCAAUAGUGACUCACAGGUGACCUUACAUAACAAUACCGGUCAUCUGAUCCACACUUCUGUGCGAAGUCAAUGCCAAUUGGGAUCAAUUGUUGUCAAUCAUAAGCAAAUAAUAGUGAUCUGAACUGAGGAGGAAUGGGUGGCAGUCAGAGCAUCGAAGUGCCCGGCGGUGGCACUGAAGGCUACCACGUGUUGAGAGUUCAGGACUACUCUCCCGGCCAUAAGGCAGGACUCGAGGCUUAUUUCGACUUCAUUAUAGCCAUUGGCAACACUCGACUGAAUCAAGACAACGACGCCCUCAAAGAGAUCCUGAAGACAUCGAUUGAUAAGCCGCUUGUGAUGACUGUUUACAAUAGCAAAACCCAAACGGUUCGAGAGGUAGAGUUGACCCCCAGUGCCAAAUGGGGCGGACAGGGACUGCUCGGUGUGAGCAUUAGGUUUUGCUCGUUUGAAGGCGCGAACGAACACGUUUGGCACGUCCUUCAGGUCGAGGCCAACUCUCCCGCGCAUAUCGCGGGACUCAAGUCGGACACCGACUAUAUUAUAGGCGCCGAUUCUGUUCUCCAAGAAAGCGAAGAUCUUUUUAGUCUCAUUGAAGCUCAUGAGGGAAAACCUCUUAAACUAUUUGUCUAUAAUUUAACCACCGAUUCCUGUCGUGACGUAACAAUAGUUCCCAACAGCAAUUGGGGCGGAGAGGGAAGUCUUGGCUGUGGUAUUGGUUACGGAUAUUUGCAUCGAAUUCCUUAUAGAGAAGAACCAAAAGUGAAGGAAACGACUGCUUCUCAAGAGCCUAAAAAUAUACCGCAAUCCACUCCAGAAGCGACUCCAAUAUCACAAACACAUUAUUCGGACAGAAAAUACGAACUCCAACAACAGCCUCAAUCCCAACCUCCGCCGCCUCAGCAACAGUCCCAACAGUAUUCGUCACCAAUGGUUGCCAAUACUCCUGUUGUUGUUCACGACCAUAAGCAUCAACAAGAAGUUUUCAACGCCCAUAUAGGCAUCACAGCGACGCCCACACCCCCCACACCCGCCGCUCAGAUCACCUCAACUCCUAUUUCGUCGCUUUCAAGCAAUUUGGCGAAUAUAAGUUUAGGACAGGGAGGGGAUCAGUACUCGACAUACAAUCAGUUGAACACUUCGACCAGCACUACGCCCAGUGGUUCCUAUCCAUUGCCGGCGACACUACCAGUGUCUCAAAUCGGCACAACCGACACAUACGGCGCUCAGAGAACGAGUCCUUUUACGCCAUCCUAUGGCUACAACCAGUCUAACUAUAACAUGAAUACCAGUCCUGGAGUGAACCCUUUGGCCACAUAUGGCGGGCAGUCGUUUACGACUCCCAUUUCUCUGCCAGGAAUGCCUCCAAAAUACGAACUCCAACAACAGCCUCAAUCCCAACCUCCGCCGCCUCAGCAACAGUCCCAACAGUAUUCGUCACCAAUGGUUCCCAAUACUCCUGUUGUUGUUCACGACCAUAAGCAUCAACAAGAAGUUUUUAACGCCAAUAUAGGCAUCACAGCGACGCCCACACCCCCGACACCCGCCGCUCACAUCACCUCAACUCCUAUUUCGUCGCUUUCAAGCAAUUUGGCGAAUAUAAGUUUAGGACAGGGAGGGGAUCAGUACUCGACGUACAAUCAGUUGAACACUUCGACCAGCACUACGCCCAGUGGUUCCUAUCCAUUGCCGGCGACACUACCAGUGUCUCAAAUCGGCACAACCGACACAUACGGCGCUCAGAGAACGAGUCCUUAUACGCCAUCCUAUGGCUACAACCAGUCUAACUAUAACAUGAAUACCAGUCCUGGAGUGAACCCUUUGGCCACAUAUGGCGGGCAGUCGUUUACGACUCCCAUUUCUCUGCCAGGAAUGCCUCCGUUGACGGUCAGCGCAACGCUUCCGACCGAUAAGUUUUCGGUUCCGUUCGCCAACACGUAUUCGGAACAGCAAUACAACCCCAACACAAAUCAAUCGGUUGGCUAUCCAUUAGAUCCCAACCAAACAUAUUCACCACAGCUUUAG